AUGACGAAGAAGCUUAAGCCGAAGCUGCAUGUGCGCGACAACAUUGUCGAUUUUCUUUUACGAACGGAACGGUUCCUGAAGCAAUACGACCCGGCCAAUCACGCUCUCCAGGUCCAAUCCAGAAUCGACAAACUCGACGAAAAAUGGGACGAAUUCGAAGAGGCUCAAACGCAAAUAGAGGAGAUGGAGGAGCAUAUAGAAAACGUGAAUGAACAUAAGCAGACGCGGGCCCAGUUUGAGGAGUUGUACUUCAAGGUAAGAGCAGAGUUGAAAGCGAAAUUACCAUCCACCACUCCCAUUACUUCCCCCACAUCCACUGGAACCUCACGUACAGAGGCAUGUGGCAAUAUUCAAUUACCAAAAAUAAAUCUGCCAGAAUUCAAUGGGGAAUUCGACAAAUGGUUGCCAUUUUAUGACACAUUUAAAUCGCUGAUCCAUAGCAAUCCGGAUCUGAGCGCGAUACAACGUUUUCAUUAUUUACGAGCGUCUCUAAAGGGUGAGGCGUUAAAGGUCGUUGAUACAUUCCCAAUGAGCGAAGCGAGCUAUGGGGUUGCCUGGUCUGCGUUGACCAAACGUUAUUCGAAUGUGUAUUUGCAGAAAAAGCGACACGUGAACGCUCUGCUACAGUACCCGAAGUUAAAAAAGAUGACUGCGAGUGGAAUUCAUGACGUCAUCGAUUGCUUUGAUCGACAUCUGAAAAUUUUGGAUUUGUUAGGCGAAGCAACAACGGGUUGGGGAGCGAUGCUGACGCAGUUAUUAGUAUCGAAGCUGGACGACGCCACGCUGAAGGAAUGGGAGAAGUUUGCCGUGAAAAGGGAAGAGCCUGCCUAUCUACACGUGAUGGAGUUCUUAGAAGUUCAAAUCCGGAUUCUGGAUGCGAUUGCAGUCGACCAGUCCUCCGAAAACCAGCGUGCCCCACCACUCUCUAUGUCCACUCCGUUUAAGAAACCAGCACCGAAGUUGUCAGUCCACGCAGCGUCGGAAGGCUACUCGCCAAAAUGUGUCUCUUGCAGCGGUCCUCAUUACUUAAGUAAUUGUCCACAGUUCGUGAAGAUGCCUUUGGAUAAGCGGUUCCAGGUCGUCAAUUCGAAAAAACUAUGUAGCAACUGUCUCCGACGUGAUCACUACAGUCGAGACUGCAAUUCCAAGUACCGUUGCCGUACGUGUAGCAAGAAGCAUCACACUCUACUUCAUCCUGGGCCAUCAGCAUUCGGUUCUGGUUCUGCGGCUGAUGCUCAGGUCUCUGAUCAAUCUCAAUCAGGUAGUUCUGUUUCCUCCACGACUACUACAGCUACAGUGGAAAUUCCUCGGCAGUCUCUUCAAAGCUCGGUGGCUACAAUCUACGCGGCCAAUAUUUCAGCAGAUUCGAGGGAGGCGCACAUAUUUUUGUCGACGGUUUUGGUAUCAGUGAAGGAUCGCAAUGGGCGGUUGCAUACAGCGAGAGCGCUACUGGACACGGACGGAUCGCAAGCAAAUCUUAUCUCGGAGAGGCUGUUCCAGCUUCUGAAGCUACCUAGAAACGGAGUCAAUAUCCCAAUUUCUGGUGUCGGCAGUGCGCGGGUUCAGAUAAACGGUUCUGUGUCUGCCACGAUCGGUUCUCGAAUUUCGGAUUAUUCGGUACCGAUGGACUUCCUGGUCAUCAAGAAGGUUACGGAGGACCAACCGUCAACAACAAUUCCAAUCGGUAAUUGGAAUCUUCCAUCUGACAUGGCGUUGGCGGAUCCUGGUUUUAACAAGCGAGCAUCGAUCGAUCUUCUCCUGGGUUUGGAGUACUUCUACGAGUUCUUGCUCUUAAAUAGUGGUCGAGUGCAAAUUCAGCGCAUUGGCGAAGGACUUCCACUCUUUGUUAACACCGUUUUCGGGUGGAUUGCAGCCGGCAAGGCCGACUUGGGAAGCCUGAACCCUGUUCCGUGUUGCCACGCGACGAUCAACACAAGCACCUUGGAAGAGAAAAUCGAGCGGUUUUGGACUAUUGAAGAGCUACAAGAUGUGCUGAAGCUGACACAGGAAGAGCAAGACUGCGAGGAGCAUUUUCAAAAUACUUUCUACCGUUAUUCGACUGGGCGAUAUGUGGUGCGUCUGCCAAAGCGAAUGGGUUUCGAGCAAAUGAUCGGCGAAUCGAAGGACAUGGCCUUGCAGAGACUACUGCAGCUUGAACGGCGAUUCGAGAAGGACUCGAUGCUUCGGAACAGAUACAACGAAGCAAUACAAGCGUACUUGGAUCAAAAUCAUAUGGCAAUCGUUCCAGAGAAGGAAUUGAAGCGCGAUAAACGGAUUGCCUGCUAUCUGCCUCAUCAUCCGGUCUUCAAGGAAUCAAGCUCGACGACGAAGAUUCGACCGGUAUUCGACGGUUCAGCCAAGACGACAUCAAACCGCUCACUGAAUGAUGCCCUCAUGACGGGUCCGGUGAUCCAAGACUCACUCUUCGAUCUGCUUGUUCGGUUCCGCAAGCAUUUGGUGGCUCUAGUUGCUGACAUCGAGAAGAUGUACCUGCAGGUGAUGGGUCACUUUUGGGUUAGCGCCAUCGUCGUUCCUCGCCACACGGUGUUUACAGCACUGGCGCAUGAUGAAGGUGAUCAAUUUCCACAGGCGAAGACGGCGCUAGUUUUCGAUUUCUGCGUCGACGAUUAUAUCGGUGGGGUGGAAUCGGAAGAAAAGGCUAUCUUGCUGCGGCAAGAAUUGGUACAGCUGUUGUCAAAAGGUGGCUUCAGACUGCACAAAUGGGUAUCGAACUCGAAAGCAGUAUUGUCAGAAUUAGAUUCCGAUGAAUUGGGAACAUCGUCUACUUUGAGUUUCGACCAGGAGCGUGUGAAAACGCUAGGAAUUAGCUGGCAGCCAGGGCCAGAUCUGCUAAGCAUAGAUGUAUCGGGUCUCACUGUAAGCGGACAGUGGACUAGGCGCAAGGUGUACUCCGUCAUUGCUCAAUUAUUCGAUCCUACCGGUCUCACAGCUCCUGUUAUUGCCUGGGAUAAGAUUCGAAUGCAACUACUCUGGGUGGCUACUCAGGGUUGGGAUGAUCCGUUAUCACCGGAUUUGGAGAAGCAGUGGGCAGAUUUCUACCAACAACUUCCGUCACUCGCCAACGUCAAGGUGGAUCGACACGCAUUUACCGAUCAUCCAGUACCGACAGAGUUCCAUGUGUUCUCCGACGCAUCCGAGGCAGCCUACGGAGCAUGCAUCUAUGGCCGUUCGAGUAGCAUGUCCGGGCAGAUUAAGGUCGAAUUACUAGCAGCGAAAUCUCUUCCUGCAAGCCUGAAGAAGGCCACACUCGCGAGGUUAGAGCUAUGCGGUGCCCAUAUUGCUGCCAAACUAUAUAGUGCGACCGUGCGCGCACUCAAGAUGGAGGAGAUCAAGGCUCGUUUCUGGUCAGAUUCGACUAUCGUACUAUCGUGGCUGAAGCUACCACCAUACGUCUGGCCUACUUUCGUUGCUAACCGGGUCUCACACAUCCAGGAGAUUACGAAGAGACACCAGUGGAAUCACGUGAAAGGGACAGAGAAUUCAGCCGAUCUCGUGUCGCGAGGAGUUAUGCCAAAGGACCUAGCAGAGCUACCACACUGGUUUCAUGGUCCACACUGGUUAUCGCUUCUUGAUCAACAUUGGAAUACCCGGGAGCAUUUGGAAUACGAGCAGCCUGCGGAUGAAUUGCUGAAGAAGAAGAAGAACGUGCUCGUGGUAACGGAGCACGGUCAACUGCAUCCACUGUUGGAUCGAUAUUCGUGUUACUGUAGGAUGUUGCGGAUUACGGCAUACUGCGUGAGAUUCGUACGAAGUUGUCAACGUCGCAGAUCGCUCCUCGCAGCCCCGAUGCUUAACGUCAAGGACCUACAAGAGGCUAAGUAUGCAUUGGUGCGAGGUAUUCAAUGGGAGUCAUUCGCUGUGGAGAUAAAGGCGCUUGUUAACCAUCGUGCUGUUCCUGCUAGUUCGUCGUUGAAGUUACUCAACCCGUUCCUAGACCAGCACGGCAUACUUCGAGUUGGUGGCCGGCUCAAUCUCGCCGAAGAAUCGUACGCUGUUCGACACCCCAUGAUUAUCCCUGGGAAUCACUCUUUUUCGCGACAAGUUGCAGUCGCAUAUCACGAAAUCUCGCUCCAUUCUGGUCCUCGUAUAACGCUCGCUCAAAUCCGACAAGAAUCCUGGCCCAUAAACGGCAAGGCAUUGGCAACCUACACGUUCCGACAUUGUAUUCGCUGUUUUCGAGCUAAACCUGUCCCUGUCUCGCAACCUCCUGGCCAAUACCCAAAAUCCCGUACAACUCCCUCUCGAGCUUUCACUGUUAUCCCACCACGAGCACCCAAUUUCGGCGGCCUCUGGGAGGCGGCCGUAAAAUCCGCAAAGACAUCACUCAUCCGAGUCCUAGGUCAACGACAGCUCUCUUUCGAAGACAUGACGACGGUCCUCACUCAGAUCGAAGCGGGUAUGAACUCGCGCCCUCUUACCCCACUGUCAGAAGAUCCGGGUGAAUUAGACGUGCUUACUCCUGGUCAUUUUCUGACGGGCACAUCCCUGCUGGCAAUUCCUGAUCCGGACUACACGGAUGUCCCCACAAAUCGGCUGCAACACUACCAGCAACUACAGCAGCUGGUUCAGCAUCAUUGGAAACGGUUGAAGCGGGAGUACAUCUCGCAGCUCCAUAACCAGAACCAACGAUUUCUUCGUGCCACACCGCUCAAAGUGGGCCAAAUGGUGGUCCUCAAGGAAGACGGAAGCGCAGCUAUCGAAUGGCCGCUAGCUCGCAUCAUCGAAAUCUACCCUGGCCCCGACGGCGUAGUGAGGGUAGUAAAGGUACGAACGCCGACUGGAGCAGUCUACAAGCGGCAGGCUGCGCGUGUCUGUUUGCUACCAUUCGAGAACGUAUAA